AUGGAUGAUUCUGUGAGAGUAAUCUCCACGAGUACAAUUCAAGCACCAAGUGACAACAACAUCAAUGGAAACUCAACUGAAUUUCAGAAAAUCCAUUUAACACCAUGGGAUCUCCAAUUCCUCCCACUUGAAGCCAUUCAAAAAGGCCUUCUUUUCCACCACACCAUUGAUCCAUCAAAAAACCAAAUCCAUCAUUUGAAACAAACCCUUUCCACCACUCUUUCCUUCUUUCCACCCCUCGCCGGCCGUCUUGUAAUCACUCAACACAAAGAAGAACACAACAACACCACCUCAUCAUCAUGUUUCAUCCUUUGCAACAAUGCUGGUUCACUCUUUGUCCACGCCAAAGCAGAAAAGACUACCGUUUCCGACAUCCUUCGACCCAACAACCACUUUGUACCACCCAUUGUGUACUCUUUCUUCCCCUUCAACGGAGUCAAAAACUAUGAAGACACUCCCCACCCAAUUCUUGCUGUCCAAGUAACCGAGUUACUUGACGGUCUCUUCAUAGGUUUCACAAUCAACCACCUUGCGUCAGACGGAAAGUCGUUUUGGCAUUUCAUCAAUUCUUGGUCUCAAAUCUCACGAGGAGUUUCUUUAAACAAACAUCCUUCACCUUCACCUUCACCUUCACUUAAACGCUGGUUUCCAAACGACAUUCAUCAACUUCCCAUACGUUUCCCUUUCGCAACUGAUCAAUUCAUCCAAACCUCCAAACCAAACAACUUAGGUGAAAGAGUAUUCCAUUUCACGAAGGAGAAAAUCGCGGAACUGAAAUCAAAAGCAAACGCAGAAACUGAUAUGAAUAUUACAAUCUCUUCACUUCAAGCGGUAUUAUCUCACGUUUUGCGUUCUGUGGUUCGUUGCGAAAGACUUGAUCCACAACAAGACGUUCUUUAUGGAUUACUGAUUGGGGUUAGAGCAAAGAUGAUUCCUCCGCUUGAAGAUGAAUAUUUCGGAAAUGCAAUUUCAGUUUGUGGUUUUACAAUGAAAGCAGGAGAAAUUCUUGAUAGUGGGAUUGGAAUGGUAGCAUUAGAGAUGAACAAGACUAUUUGUCUAAAUUCGGGUGAUGAGAAAAUAAGAAAUAGUUACGAGUGUUGGCUGAGAAAAGCAAAGAUGUUUACAGGUGGGAGUGAUUUGACUCGUUGUUAUACAUUGACAACAAGCAGUUCUCCGAGGUUUGAUGUUUAUGGUAAUGAUUUCGGUUGGGGAAAGCGUGUGGGAGUUGGAUGCGGGGGUGCGAAUAAAAGAAAUGGCAGGAUUACUGUGUUUGCUGGGGCGGAAGAAGGCAGUAUAGAUGUUUUACCGUGUCUUCCUUAUGAGAUCUUGGAGGCCAUGGGAAAUGAUACUGAGUUCAUGCAUUAA